AUGUCAAACACGUUGACACAACACACACAACACAAGUCACAAUUGCAAAAUAUUGAAUUUUGGGUGUAAUAUUAGGAUAAUUUGAAUAAUUUCGGGAAUUCACAAGAAUGCCUUCAAGCGAUAGUGAGGAUUUUGAAAGCGCAGACGAGGGACGAAGCAGCCCAAACAAACGGGAGCGUAAAAAGCGUUUGUCAUCAUCAAACUAUAGUGAUAACUUGGAAUCUGAACAGGACAAUAAAAAACUUGAACCAGUUAUAAAUAAGGAGGCAUCUAGUAUAAAAGAAAAUUUGCCAAAGGAUGGUUGGGAUGACUUUGACAUAGAAGAGGAAUCCUUACCCAAUAAUGAACCACAAAAAGAAGAAACCAAAGCAUCCAUUGUAAAGCCAGAAUCAUCAGCAGCUAAGAAAGAAUCACAGACCUCUGGUUGGGACGAUUUUGAUGAUUGGGGUAAUGACAAUGAUAAUGAUAUUAAGGAGCAGCCACAGAAGACAAAACCUCAAGCACAGAACAUUCAAGAAGCACCGUCUUCUCAGCAGACAUCAACAAAGAGUGACGGCUGGGGUUGGGGUUGGGGUGUGGACUCCCUUCUGAGUACUGCAACUGCUGGUAUCAGUAAUUUGACCACACAAGUUUCACAAGGUAUAUCAACAGUUCUAGAAACAGGCAUUGGUGCUCCAGAUCCUGAAGAAUUAGCGAGGAUAUCUGCCAAAAAUGACACUAAACCAAAUAGUGCGGAGGAAAAGAUGAUCAGUGCAGAAACAAAUCACGAGCAAAGUAACCAAAGUAGUGCUACUGAAGGUGCAUUUCCUUUCGGCAGUUUACUGUCUGGUGUUACAAAGUUUGUGGAAACUACUGGUACAAAAGUAAUUGCUGGUGGUCUGGACACAUUGGAGACCAUUGGCAAGAAGACCAUGGAAGUACUGCAGGAUGGUGAUCCAGGUCUUGCCAAGAAGAGAGCCAUGUUGGGGCUGGAUUCUGGAGACAAACCUGUGCUGUCGCAAGUGCUGAGGGAGGCGAGAGCCAAAGCAGAUGAAGAGGACCAACUUAGAGAGGCAAAACGGGAAGCUAAGGCGGUACACUAUGAGACACUGUUUGAUGAUUACGAAGGUCUAGUCCACUUGGAAGCCCUGGAGAUGCUGUCGAAGCAGGUCACCAUCAGGAUAGAGGAGCGCCUGCGCACCGACCCUGACAAGCGGCAGGACAUCAAGGAAACACUACAACAAGUUGCAGAACUGUGUGAAAUGCCUGAUGAAGAAGACGAGGAAGAAGAAGAGGAAGUGUCAGAAGGCGCUUCUAAAGGGGACGCGCUGCACGAGCGGCUGCAGCGGGCCACCAGGGAUAUUGGCCUCAAGUUGCAAUUCCAACCUUUGAUUAAGCAAUACACAGAAAUCUUAACAUGGCUCGAAACCGACGAUCCGAGUAUCACAGAGAAGGCUGUAUACAAAAAGGCAGUGAGCAGUCUCGCUCAGACCACAGCCUUGUGUGUGGAACUGUACCACAAGACUGGUGAAAUGCUGCUGGUGAAGAGUAGGAGGUCCACCGCUGAUGAAGCUGAUGCACUUACUCAAUUGACGGUAGUCCUAACAAAACAUAUAAGUGAUUUGGCGACGCAGUUCACGGAGAAGUUGACCAGCCACGCCACUGAAGAUAAGGACCAAGUUAACAACUACAUUACUAAUGUCUUUUUGGAGGCCGGCAACAGUUCCAAGUAUAUAGAAAAUGCAUUCCAAUUAGCGAUACCCAUCGUUCAAAUUGGUGCUGUCUAGAAUAACACUACAAUUGUUACUACUAACCAAUGUACAGUGGCGUGCAUAAGAUUGUUACCUAGGGUAUGCACAAUAGGUACAAAUUGUACAAAAUGGAAAAUUCCUCUUCCAAUACAGCUGAAUCAUCCAAAUGAAUCAGGGUAUGCGUUGCGUUUAUGCAUCUAUGAAGUGCUCACCAUUAAAUGUACAUCUACCGAUAUACCUCCCCGCGGUUUCAGCCCCGUAGUUCCUGUUACCGUGACAAUACGGGGAUAAAAUAUAGCCUGUGACAUUCGCAAAUAACGUGGCUUUCUAGUGGUAAAAGAAUUUUGAAAAUCGGUUCAGUAUGUCCAGAGAUUAAUCCAAAAACACCACAAACUUUACAUCUUUAUAAUAUUAAUAUAGAUUUUAAUACAGUGUUUGGAAUCCAUGAGUAUUUAAAAUACAAAAUAACCAGUCUGUUAUUUGAUAUACCAAUUACAAAUUACAUUUUUAGGAAGUAAUUGAAAUACAAAUACAAAAUACAUAUUUGUAUGUUAAUUAAAAUUAUUUCAAAUACUGCCCAACCCUGUCCUGUCAUUCCCAUAUGUUUUUUUUAAUUUUCGAAACGUUAGCGAUUAUAGAAAGAGAAUCAAUAUGCAACAUGACUAGUGACCUCGAUGUUAAGUAACAGUGUAUGAAAUGGUAACGCACAAAACUGGAAUGGUUAUGAUUAUCUAUAUCUCAUGCUAACCCGGUAUCGUACCGGUACGCUGAGUCGCUUGGCAGCACGUCUUGCCGGUAAGGUGGUUACUGAUUGUAAAUUUUAAGUCUUUUUCUUAUGUAGCCCGGGAUCCGUGGAACUUUACAAGUGAUUACUAUCAAGUUAAUUUUCCGUGAAUAGCUUCAUCUUGAUGUGACACUCAAUUUUUUUAUUUACGAAAAUUCUUGAUUCCGGUAGCUAACUGGGUUACCAGGUAGUACAAAUUUCUGAGCGUCGGAACUGUAACGUUUGAAAUGGUAAAUAAGACCACGGAUGCUUGACGAUUAUUAUUUAAUAGGAUAGAUACGUGUACAGACUUUAGGACAUGACAGUAGACAAUAGACAAGACAAUUAGACAGACAAGUAACAUAACAUUGACAUUUACACAGACUAUAAAUAUUAUUAAUGUACGUAACAGGAACGACACAAUGUACAACGCAAUUUGUAGGAAAUUGUGGCUGUUAAGUUGUAUUAAAUAAGCAACAGUAAAAAACAUCUGGUUGGUAACAACUUUUAGUAACCUCCCCUCCCAACUUGUAUCAAUAACGAGGUUAUUAAAAGUUGUUACUAACCAGCUGUUUCUUUUUACUGUUGCUUAAUUAAUAGUUAUUCAACUUAACAGCCACAAUGUCCUACAGAUUGCGUGGUACAUUGUCUCGUUUCGACGCUCAAAAGUUUUCAUUAUCUGGUAACCCAGUUAGUUACCAAAAUCAAAAAUAUUAAAUAAAAAAGAACGUAAUAGUAAUCAAUUGUAAAUUUGUUCCACGAAUCCCGGGCUAAUAGAGAUGUAUUUCAAAAUUAUAUCUAAUAUAUUGUAUACUCUUUUAUUUUUGUAAUAUAAUAAAUAUAUAGGGCCUAAUUGUUUUAAAUUUUAAAUUUUUAUCUUGAUAUAAAAUAAGUUUGUAUUGAAUAAUAAAUGAAUGUAAUUAAUUCAUUUUAGACAGAAAAUAAUGUAUUUAUUCGAAAGUUUUAAGAAAAGAGAAAAAUACAUUUGUUUAUGACUCGAAGAUUACAAGAUAUAUUACUUACGUAAUGACAAUAAAGUAUCGAAUGUUUUAUGCUCA